GCAGAGGUAACACAAAUAGUAUAAACAAAGCAAAUCAUGAAUCCGACCUUAUCCCUAACCCUUUCCUUCCUCCUAUUUGCUUUUCUCACCAAUCUUCCAUCAAACAAUGCAGUUCAGCAAGUUUUUGACACAAAUGGUAACCCUGUUGUCUCUGGUAAACAAUACUUCAUUUUUCCAGCAAGUGAUAACCCCAAAAAGGGAGGACUAACCUUAAACAAAGUAGGUGAUGAUUCAAAAUGUCCAGUAACUGUCCUACAAAACAAUGCCAUAACAGGCUUACCAGUUAAAUUCACCAUCCCGGAAAGUACCACCGAUAACAUCGUAACAGGUACCGAUCUUGAUAUCGAGUUCACCGAGAAGCCUGAUUGUGCUGAAUCAUCAAAAUGGUUGCUGUUUGUUGAUGGUAAUAAUCAACAAAGCUAUGUUGGUAUUGGUGGUCCUUCAAAUUAUCCUGGUGUAGAAAUAAUCAGUGGAAAAUUUUUAGUUGUGAAACAUGGAAAAGAUGGUAGUUAUAAAAUUGGUUUUUGUUUGGAUAGUACUGGUGAUUGUGGUUAUCUUGGAUUACAAGAGAUUAAUGCUGGAGAAACUGGUUCACGUUUGAUUUUGACUAUAACUGAUGCUUAUUCUGUUGUAUUUGUUGAUGCUGCUUCUGUUAAAUCUCAAAGUAUUUAGGUACUUGUUUUGAUAAAUAAGUGGAAGAGUGAUUGUAACACUUUCUUAAUUAUAAUAAUUAAUCAAGUUUGUAGGAAUGGAUCUUGUAAUCCAUUUCUUUAUUUGAUUAA